AUGAAAUUCGCCAAUACAGUUGCGCAGGCUGCGGUCCUUGCUCUGGGGCUUGCUCUUGCUGUGGAGGGUAGUCCUCACUCGAAUCCACACUCUCGGCCUGAACCCAAGUCGCGAGUUGAUCCUCACUCGCGAACCGAUGCAUGCAAGCCACAUCAUCCCUUCCGGCCUCUGCCUCCCAGCCAUCCCAGAACGAGGACUUGCCAUGUACCCUGCCACGGUGACGGGCGCGACGAUGCUGAAAAUAUCCUGUCUGCAUUGAAGGAUUGUAAUAAUGGCGGAAAAGUCGUUUUCGAUGCCGAUAAAGAGUAUACCAUUGGCACAGCUCUCGACAUGACGUUUCUGAAGCAUGUAGAUCUGGAAAUCCUGGGUACGGUCACGUUCACCAACAACACAGACUACUGGCAAGCACACUCCUUCAAACACACCUACCAGAAUGCCACGACAUUCUUCAAUUUGGGAGGCGAAGACGUCAAUAUCUACGGCGACGGUGAGCUGAAUGGCAACGGCCAGGUAUGGUAUGAUCUCUACGCUGAGAAUGAUCUGAUCCUGCGCCCGAUUCUCGUCGGUGUUAUUGGAUUGCACGGCGGUACCAUUGGCCCGCUCAAGCUCCGGUACUCGCCGCAGUGGUAUCACUUUGUGGCCAAUUCGUCGGACGUCUUGUUUCAGGGCAUCGAUAUUGGUGGCUAUAGCACGAGUAAAAAUGAAGCUAAGAAUACUGAUGGAUGGGAUAUAUAUCGCUCGACCAAUGUUGUCAUUCAGGACUCUAUCAUCAACAACGGUGACGAUUGUGUCUCUUUCAAGCCCAAUACCACCGAAAUCCUGGUCCAAAAUCUCCACUGCAAUGGCUCCCACGGCAUCUCCGUUGGUUCACUAGGCCAAUACAAGGGCGAGAUUGACAUAGUACAGAAUGUACUUGUAUACAACGUGUCCAUGUUCAACGCGUCGGACGGCGCACGUAUCAAAGUAUGGCCUGGUCUACCUUCUGAAAUGUCUGCAGACCUCCAGGGCGGCGGCGGUUUGGGAAGCGUGCAGAAUAUCACCUACGACACGAUGACCAUCGAGAACGUUGACUGGGCUAUCGAAGUGACUCAGUGCUAUGGACAAAGUAAUAUGACUCUGUGCAAUGAGUACCCGAGCAACCUCACCAUCUCCGAUGUCCACUUCACCAACUUCAAGGGGGUGACGUCUGGCGCAAAUAACCCAGAUGUUGGAACGAUUGUCUGCUCGAGCCCUGAUGUGUGCUCGGAUAUUUACGCCAGCGAUAUUCAUGUCACUAGUCCAAUUGGGACCGAUGAGUUCGUCUGUACAAAUGUUGAUGAUAGUCUGCUAGAGGUUAACUGUGUGGCUACGAGCUGA